CAUGGCAUUGACAGCGGCGUCAUCUCCACCUGCGGCGACGGUUCCUUAGAAGAAUCAGCCUGAAUGAUUGCAACAAGCGUAAAGACCAUGGAGUCCUAGGUUUCGAAGUCGAUUAAUAAGCUGGAUAAUGGGAUGGGAUACUGCGCUCCGGGAUGGUGUGAUGAGUUGAAGUCAAAAUCCAAGAUGUGUUGUGUUGAGGAAGUUGCGAAGCCGAAGGGGGAAAGUCAACAACACCAAAUCCACAGCCUAACAUUUUACUUUAGUCCAGCUUUGUGCUUUUUCUCUCUUUUUCAUUUCGUGACAAUAAUAAUAAUAGUGCUACCCUGGGCCAGUGGCAAUAUAUAUAUAUAUCUAUUAUUUAUUUGUUCUGUUUUUUUAGCAAGGGUUGUUCGGGCACUGGAUAGUUGACGAUAUAUAUGCCUGGUACACCAUCGGACCCAAUGAAUUAGACCACCUAAACAAAGGCAAAGAACAUCAUAAAACAUGAUAUUCAAUAUAAUAG